CCAAGCUUCAUCAAGAUGGAUUAUGACACUCCUGUAUCCAUACCGCUCGAAAGCACCGCAGAAUCUGUUCCAACGACAUUGUGCUAUGAAUGUGGUGCUCCGCUAGCAGGGGCCACGCUCUGCAACGACUGCAUCAAAACCUCUGUCGACAUCUCCGCCGGAAUUCAACGCGAAGCAACUGUUCACUACUGUCGGGACUGUGAACGAUGGCUCUCUCCUCCCGCUACAUGGACGGUCGCCGCCCCCGAGUCGCGCGAGUUACUCGCCCUCUGCCUCCGGAAGCUGAAACGUCUGAAUAAAGUUCGGGUGAUGGAUGCAUCCUUUAUCUGGACCGAGCCGCACUCGCGUCGUAUCAAGAUAAAGCUCACCGUUCAAGACUCUAUCGAUAGCAACGAUGCCCUCGUCCAGCAGAGCUUCGAGGUCACCUACAUCGUCAUGUAUCUCCAGUGCCCCGACUGCAAAAAGUCCUACACUCACAACCACUGGAGGGCUAGCGUGCAGGUUCGGCAGGCGGUCAUGCACAAGCGCACGUUUCUCUACCUCGAGCAACUGAUCCUCAAAAACAAAGCACAUAACGAUACCAUUAACAUCAAGGAAGCCCGCAAUGGCGUCGAUUUUUUCUUCGCGCAGCGCAACCACGCCAAAGCGUUCGUCGACUUCCUCCAUUCUGUCGUACCUAUCGAAGUUACCAAGUCCCAAACCCUGAUUUCGGAGAACAUUCACACAUCCAAGAAGUCGUACAAGUUUAGCUACUCGGUAAAACUGGUACCUGUAUGCAAGGAUGACCUUGUGGCGUUACCGAUCAAGCUCGCCCGGCAGAUCGGCAACAUCUCACCCUUGGUCCUGUGUCAGCGAGUGGGCACGUCCAUCACAUUUCUCGACCCUAACACUCUUCAGACCGCCGACCUGCAGCCCAAGAUCUACUGGCGCGCUCCGUUCACGCCUCUGGCAGAAGUUCCCAACCUUGUGGAAUUUAUCGUGCUUGACAUCGACCUUACCGGUCAAAGCGGAGGGAAAUGGCAGCUCGCCGAGGUCACGGUUGCCAGGGCGUCAGACUUUGGUGGGGACCGGCAAUACUUCACAAGAUCGCACCUAGGAAGCAUUCUCCACCCCGGAGACUCGGUGCUGGGCUACAUGAUCACCGGAUCCAAUUUCAACAAUCCCGAGUUCGAGGAGCUGGAGCAAUCGAAGACCUACGCAUCCCGAAUUCCGGAUGUGGUUCUCGUGAAGAAGCACUAUCCCCGACAGCACAAAAAGAACAAGCGCAACUGGAGGCUCAAGCGGAUGGCCGUGGGCGAGAGUGAUCUUCUGCCCACCGAUCACGAGCAGAGCCGCGUUGAGAAGGACCUCGAGUUGUUUCUACGGGAUGUGGAGGAGGAUGAGGAGUUGCGGGCUACUCUCGCACUGUACAAGAACCAGCGGAAAGAUGAUGAGAUGAGCAUCGCUGGAACGGAGAUGACGGAUGGCGAGGUGCCCAGGAUUAACAUGGAUGAGCUCCUGGAUGACUUGGAUGGCCUGGAGAUUCAUGAGAAAUAGAUGGUCGAAUACCUGGCAGAUACCCUCAUUGAAAAUAUAGGAACCUUAUUUAUGCCCCCUCUUUCCCGUGCGUGCUGCUUGCCUUUCUGUUGCUGAUAGCUUUCACCGCUGCUCCUUUUCCGG